CUCUACUCUUACUGCGGAAGAGGCACUGAAAGUAGUUCCGUUUGUGCUUAUAUAGUCAUCACAAUACGCAUUACACGCCGAAGAAGUAGUCCCUUUUGUAGGCAAUUGCACCGCCACCUACAUUCGAAUUUAGGGUAUUUCCAAAUAUCCCUAUGAUAAAAUAUAUUUUCUUACUUUUAUAAUAAAAAUAAAUGGUUAUUAUAGUCCAUCUAUUAUUUCUAAUACGGAAAUAUCAAUUUUUUUUAAUAUUCUUUGAAAGAUCUUUUAAAACUUUAAAAACAUCCAGAUGUACUGAACAUUUUAUUUGAAAUAUAUUGUUUCCGAACAAUGAUAAAUAAACUUGAUGUUUUUGAUAUCCCAUAGCUAUAUAUUUUUAAGUGAUUUCUCCAAAAUAUAAUAAUUUACAUAAUUGUACGAGCAUAAACUAAUUCGUACAAUGUACUGAAAGUAGAUACUUAUAUCGAAUGUAACAAGCUAGGGAUUCAUUGAUUCAACGAGUGCAUAUUGCUAUUGUUGAUACUGAUUGUUUUAGCAGUAAAAUAAAUCCAACGAUAACAGUUGGAAGUAGCAAGUAUCUACGAUUUAACAUAAAAUAUUUAAAGUAUCUAAUAUGGCAUUGCAAGCUAUAGCUAGAUCUUUAAAAUCUGUAUUUCGUUUAUAUAAGGAUGAUCUUUAUUGGGAGGAUGAAAGUGUAACAGAAGCAUUAAGACGAUUAAAUAUCGUGGCUCCACAUGUAAUAGAAGAACGUAAUUUCCGACUUAUCAGAGCUAUUCAAUUAGAUUGUCAAAAACAAAUUUUGCCAAAAGAACAGUGGCUUACAUUUGAAGAGGUAAUUUGAUAUUAAAGAUUUAUAUAUUUAUACUUAAUAUUUAUACUUUAUGUACUUAUAUAAUUAUUUAGUAUUUGAAAUAAAAAUACAAAUAAAAUUUUUAUUACUGAAUAGGAUAUUGAAUAUCUGACACCUUAUGUGGAUGAAAUAAAAAGGGAGCAGGAAGAGAGAAAACAAUGGGAUGCAGAGUAAAGUAUAACAAUGUAGUAAAAAAUAUAUUCAUCUUAUACAUAAAUUGUAAUUUCCAGAUAUUGGAUUGUAUAUACAUUAAAUAAAAUAUCUUUAGUCAUUCUAUUGUUUCAAAUAUAGUGGUUUUUCACAGAUUAUGCAGGCUACAUUGUUGACUGUUCAGUUUCAAUAAAUUAUUCUAUAUUUUUGAUUUACAUUUCUUUCAUCUAUAUUACCAUGUUAUACAAAAUCAGUCAUUUAAGUCAUAAUGCAGUUUUUAGAUCAAAAAAUUAUCAGCUAAAAGAAAUUAAUACGUUGCAAUUAACACUUAAGAUUUAAAUAAAUGAAUUCUUUGUUCAGCAAUAUUUAAAAGGAAAUAAUUGUAAAUUGCAUUGUAAAUCGCAUCAAUUGGAACUCAUUUAACACCCUUUAUCCAAUGACUUAUUCAUCAUUUCCCCCCACGAAGACCCGCCGCAUAGUUAGUGCGUAAUUCAUUGUUAAUAAGCGCGAUGAUAUUAAAGAGAAAUCUUCGAAUGUGAAUGUCAAUUUUUUGAUAAGUACAAAAAGGGGUUUGUAAUACAGCAAGAAAUUUUUGCAUUAUACUUGUAAGAGUUUCGCGGGCAAAUGGCGGAUCAAUAUUUCACCCCCACGCGAAUCUAAGCGGCAUUCCCAAUUACCAAAGAUUUAUACGAAGUAAUUUGAGUUUCGUGAGUAAAAAAAUCUAUUUUCGUUUUUUCUUUUUUUUUUCGUAUCGAAUUUUCGAGCAUUGUUUUAUGUUUUUAUAGCAUAUAAUCCAAUAUCCUCUACGUGAUUCUUAAAAAGGAAGCUUUAAAGUGAAAAUUACACAGAACAUCACAUAAAAAAUGGUAAUUGGAAAUCACAAAUUAAAAAAUUGUUAUAUAAAAAUUUAAUAACAGGCGGCCGAAAACUUUGCUUAUUUUAAUUAUUUAUCCCCUUUAUCUUUUGCAAACUUAAUAGUGUUCGUACUAGUAUCCAUAAAAGUAGUGCGUAGUCUUCAAAUUUUCAUUGCAUUUCGUACACGUUUCUUUUUGUAACGGGUUGAAUUUAUGCAUUUUCUAUUAUAUACACAAGAAAAAAAAAAAUAUCUAUUUAAGUCAGUUUUAUUAGGGUUGUAAACCUUAAUCGAAAUGUCAAGUGAUGCUACGUGAAAAGUGAAACGGUAAAACCACCCCUUCAAAGUCGAGCGUGAGGAAAUUGACAAAACGUUUUAUUAUAAUUACAUUCCUUUCGUGGAUGUGAAAUAUCUUGUUAUUCAAAAUUUGUUUUAGGACGAUUAUAAUGUGUGGACGAAGGUAAUUAAACAAAAUAAUAGCAUUAUUUUUAAGAACCUUUAUAUUUUAAUACAGAAAAGUUGA